AUGAAUUACAAAAGUCCUACAUAUAACGCUUUCAGAGAAACCUUUUCUUUAGAGGAAAGAAAGACAAAAUAUCAAAACUAUAAAUUGAAGUACCCAAGUAAGGUUCCCAUGAUUAUAUAACGAAAACAUAAAUGUUAUCAAAUCUUUCUUGACAGACCUGAGUAAAUUUAUAAAAUUAUUUUAUAGAGUACUAUUAGAAGAAGAAUCAACAGGAGCUGUUCUUAUGUAAAAAUUAUAAGAAUAGUUAAAGGAGAAAUCUUUAAAUAGUCACUCUUUUUACAUUUUCUGUACAACAGAUGAAAACAAAUACGUAACAUUUCCACUUGAGGAAAAGCUAAAAUACAUUGCUGAAAAGUAUAAAGAUAAAGAAGAUGAGUUCCUCUAUUUGAGAUACGAUUAUUAAGACACUUUUGGCUGAUUUGAAAUAUAUAAUUAAUAUUUCUAUAAAGGAUCUAAUCUGACUUACACAAAUUCAAUUCCUACGUUAUAGACUUAAAAUGUUAAGCAUGAUUGCCCCAAGAAUAUCACUACAAUCACUAUAAUAAGAC